ACACGCCAUAAUACCAGAAGAAGAAGCAGAAGAAGAAGUAGAAGAGCAGUUGUCUUUAAAAAUCCACAUUUUGUGACAUCAAGAGAGGACUAUUUUCUCUAACUUGAGUAGUAGCCUACCACGAUAGUUUUAAACCGCUGUUUUACAGUGUACGUUGUUUGAAAUGUUAAUGGUAAAGACAGUGAGUGAACGUUUCCUUUAAUUGCGCUUUCAUAGCAAUCUAUCUGGCUUACAUUACACUGCCAUCAUACACGCCUGUACACCUGCACGUUCACGCAAAUCAUACUGUUAGUGCACUAAUAAGCCGGCGACAUUACAAGUUUUUUUUCGUAAAGAGAAUGUCUGAGCAGACGCUAGAGUAUUUCUGGAGUCGGAGAGAAAUAAUGAAGAGGAACGCUGCCGAGGUCAGAUGGUCGCACGCUGUCAACAGCAGGAGCAGGCUGACGGAGGCUCUCACAGGUCCCACACAUAUGAUUGAGGCUGACAUAGUCAUGAGAGGCCGGGAUCCUAAAGAGCCCAUCAUGGCACAUCCACCUGAUACAGAGAGUGACAUCACACUGAAAGAGUGGCUGGAAAAAGUGAAGGAGUAUAACAAGGGAAUAAAACUAGACUUUAAGAGCAUGGAGGCGGUAUUUCCGUCUGUCGUUCUUCUGGAGGAGAUGCUGGCUCAGCCAAGCUGCCCACUGUGGAUCAAUGCAGAUAUCCUCUCUGGUCCUGGGGGAAAGGCCACACCUCUGGAACCUCAGGCAUUCCUUUCUGCUGUGAGAACUCUUCCCACUCACGCCGUGCUCUCUCUCGGCUGGACUACAGGAUGGACUGCUGGGAUAGAUAAUGCAGGUUACAGCUGGAAUAUGGUGCGUGUGAUGGAGGAGAUUUGUAGAGACCUUAAACAUCCAGUAACCUUCCCAGUGCGUGCAGCUUUGCUGGCCCAAUCGCUCUCACAGCUCACAUGGCUACUGCAGCAGUCACACAGGUACACUCUAACAGUAUGGACGGGCCAGGAGGAUACGUUAAUACUUCAGGACUUACUGCCCUACAGAAAAGAAUUUGACAUCAGUAGGAUCUACUAUGACCUGCCAGACUCCCAAAGGACAGAGCUCAGUAUGACACUACAAGACAAAAACUAAAAGUCUGACAAAAUAUUUGAAAUUGUCUCGCUGCAGCAGGCCAAAGCUAGAUAAAUGAGAAAGAAAAGAACAGUUGGUUUAUCUGCAGAAAUUAUUCUUAUGAUUUAUGAUUUUUGCAUUUUAGUUUAGGCCUAGCAAUAUACUUCUUCUGGGCUCUAAAGUUUGAACAAAAAUUCUGAAAAUGGAAAAUGAAGUCUGGUGGCGUUGCAGAGAGCAUAAGUGUAGGUUUUUUAUGUUAAUAAAUUACAACACUUCCAAAUCCCUGUUUUUAUUUUUAUAAAAGUCAUUUGUCCCACCACCUAAUGCUGACAAAAGACCGAUGUUAGUGUGUGUUUGUUUGGGGGGGAAAUGGCUUUGUAUGCAACCUGUAAGAGGUAAGGAAUAGGCCUAGCUAAUGAUACAAAAUGUCAACUAGCCACAAAAGUUUGAAGUAAACUGUAACAGCUGGAUUCAGAAAAUAGGUGAAAACUGGCAUACAUUAUUGAGGUCUUGUUAUUCUAUUUAAAUAAGUAGAAGUUAGCAUGGCAUUUUGUUAGUAGUCCUCAAAAGUCUAAACUAUUUUGGGGCGGCAGUUGGCUCAGUGGUUUAGUGCACUCAUCUUCAGAUCAGAUCAGGGAGUACCGGUUCAAUCCCACCUUGACACACACAGUCAGCAUGCCGCUGUUUCCUUGGGCAUACAUUUCACCCCAAAUUGCUCCUGUGGGUAUUAUCCACAGUAUUGAGAACGGAUUUGAGCACCUGUAAAAGCGCUAAAAUACCAUGUAUUAUUAUUAUUUCAUAUAAGCAACAGAAUAGUUUUCAGAUCCCUUUCUUAAAUUAAAGUCAAA